AUGACCAGCAAGUCCACCACGAGGAUCCAGAGCAGCAGCAGCAGCCGCAGAGGCUUCAGUGCCAGCUCAGCCAGAGCCCCAGGGCUCUGCCGCUCUGGCUUCAGCAGCAUGUCYGUGUCCCGCUCCAGGGGCAGUGGCGGCAUGGGGGCAUCAUGCAGAGGCGCAGGCUUUGGCAGCAGGAGCCUCUAUGGCACAGGGGUCUCCAAGAGGAUCUCCAUUGGAGGGGGCAGCUGCRCCAUGGGUGGCGGAUAUGGCAGCGGAGUUGGAGGCAGUUUCGGCUUCAACAGUGGAUUUGGUUUUGGAGGUGGAGCUGGUAGUGGCUUUGGGCUCGGUGGUGCAGCUGGCCUUGGUGGUGGCUACGGGGGCGCUGGCUUUCCCGUGUGCCCCCCUGGAGGCAUCCAAGAGGUCACCRUCAACCAGAAUCUCCUGACUCCUCUGAACCUGGAAAUYGACCCCACCAUCCAGCGGGUGAGGACCGAGGAGCGUGAGCAGAUCAAGACCCUCAACAACAAGUUCGCCUCCUUCAUCGACAAGGUACGGUUCCUGGAACAACAGAACAAGGUCCUGGACACCAAAUGGACCCUGCUCCAAGAACAGGGCACCAAGACAGUGCGACAGAACCUGGAGCCUUUGUUUGAGCAGUACAUCAGCAACCUCAGGAGGCAGCUGGACUCCAUCCUCGGGGAGAGAGGUCGCUUGGACUCAGAACUCAGGAGCAUGCAGGAUCUGGUAGAAGACUACAAGAACAAAUAUGAAGAUGAAAUCAACAAACGCACAGCAGCAGAGAAUGAGUUUGUGACCCUGAAGAAGGAUGUGGAUGCUGCCUAUAUGAAUAAGGUGGAACUGCAAGCCAAGGCUGAUAGUCUCACAGAUGAGAUCAACUUCCUCAGAGUCCUGUAUGAUGCAGAACUGUCUCAGAUGCAAACCCACAUMUCAGACACUUCUGUGGUGCUGUCCAUGGACAACAACCGCAACCUGGACCUGGACAGCAUCAUCGCCGAAGUCAAGGCCCAAUAUGAGGAGAUCGCUCAGAGGAGCCGGGCUGAGGCUGAGUCCUGGUACCAGAGCAAGUAUGAGGAGCUGCAGGUCACAGCAGGCAGACAUGGGGAUGACCUGCGCAACACCAAGCAGGAGAUUGCUGAGAUCAACCGCAUGAUCCAGAGGCUCAGAUCGGAGAUCGACCACGUCAAGAAGCAGUGCGCCAGCCUGCAGGCCGCCAUUGCUGAUGCGGAGCAGCGUGGGGAGAUGGCCCUCAAGGAUGCCAAGAGCAAGCUGGAAGGGCUGGAGGACGCCCUGCAGAAGGCCAAGCAGGACAUGGCCAGGCUGCUGAAGGAGUACCAGGAGCUCAUGAAUGUCAAGCUGGCCCUGGACGUGGAGAUCGCCACCUACAGGAAGCUGCUGGAAGGCGAGGAGUGCAGGCUGAGUGGCGAGGGYGUUGGACCCGUCAACAUCUCUGUGGUGCAGUCCACCGUGUCCAGCGGCUAUGGCAGUGCUGGUGGUGCCGGCAGUGGCUUCGGACUGGGCGGAGGCAGCAGCUACUCCUACAGCAGUGGUCACGGCCUUGGAGGUGGCUUCAGUUCUGGCAGUGGCAGAGGCAUCGGGGGUGGCCUCAGCUCCUCUGGUGGCAGCAGCUCCACCAUCAAAUACUCCUCCACCACCUCCAGCAGGAGCUACAAGCACUGA